GACCGCAACCACCAUCAUCGUCUAGGCGCGGACCUCCACAGCAAGCGAACCACGAAAGGACUCUGGAACCCGUACUUACAAAGCCCCUUCUUGCUUGCUUGCUUGCUUGGUGACGUGCGUUUUGUGACACGGAUUCGUUUUGCGUGCUGGUAUCGUUUGUGUUCUUCGGCUCGACGGGUCAAACAGCAGCGACAGCGACAGUGAGCCAGUAAUCCCAGCAUUGAACCCCCCUCCCACACCGCCAACUUUCAACACAAAGCCAGCGGACGAGGACAGGGCCACCGGAACGACGUCGGGGAAAGGGGACUCCCGAGGUGGAGGAGGAGGAGUGUUAUCGGCAAGUCCCCCGUCUCUCCGAUCCCUCUGAAUAAGGUUCGAACCAUAGUCCCGGGGAUUGGUGGCCCGAUUGUAACCGCGGAAUGCGCUAACAGCCCAGCAAUUAGCGAUACUGGACUGGAGGUGUAAAGUUGGCGGUUGGCGUGACGUUAGAGACGCGGAAGAGAGAGAGAGAGAGAGCAGAGCAGAAGGAGAAGCCGGAGCUGCUGCUGCAGCAGAGGAAGAAGAAAUAGCAGAUUAGUAAGAAGGGUAUCGGAGGCAGGCGAAGGUGGGGAGUCCACCCAGACGGCCCCGUAACACGUUGAAGAAGGGCCCAUCCGGAAGAAAGAUUUCGACCUCAUCACCAACUACUGCAACAGCAGCGGCCUCCUGCGAGACACUCAGCAACGGGCGGAGGUAGCAGAAGCCGCAGUGCCGAGCGGCUUCCUGCGGUCUUGCAGGUGGUGGUCCCGCAAACCGCGAUGCUCUGGUAGCGAUGGUACUGGCAGGCUCAUCCUCCGCCUCCGUUGGCAAUUCAGACCAGCACCAGUACCAGCAGCAACAACAGCAACAACAGCAACAGCAGCAAGAACAACCGAUGAACAACAACCACAAUAACCUCCGUAGCAUUGGCGAAUGGAAUCCGGUGCUAGCGGCAGGAGUUGUUGCCGGCGGCGGCGGCGGUGGAGGUGCUGGCGGUGCGGGAAGAGACAACAAUCCGGUAUCCGCUGCCGCUUCCGUUGCGGCAGCUGCGGUAGCAGCCGCACCGCCAGCGGCCGGUGGCGCCGGUGCUAAUGGCGCGAAUGGUGCGAACGGUAACGCUGCCAACGCAGGGAACAACGCGGAAGAGUUCGAUCGGUUCAGCUUCGAGGACUCGGACCGGUUUGAAGAGGAUUCGCUGUGCAGCUGGAGCUCGGAACCGGAGAGCGUAUGCAACAACUGGCGGGGUUGGAAGCGACCGGUCGGCACGUCGAACGCGUUCGGUUUCAGCAGUAACCGACGCCAGAGCGAUGGUGACCUGUCCUCGCUAACCGAACUGGCGGCCCGGUGUGUCGCCACCUACAUUCCGUUCGAGCUGGUAGAGGAAUUGUAUCCGCCUGUGCCGGAGCAGAUGCAGCUGCGCAUCGCUUUCUGGAGCUUCCCGGACAACGAGGAGGACAUCCGGUUGUACUCCUGUCUGGCAAACAGCUCAGCGGACGAGUUUCACCGGGGUGAGCAGCUGUUCAAGAAUCGGGCCGUGAAGGAACCGCUGCAGAUAGGCUUUCACCUAUCGGCGACGGUCGUGCAGACACAGCCGCGCAAGCAGUACAACGUGGCCGUCACGUUCGAUCGCCGGCGCAUCUCAUCGUGCAGUUGCACCUGCCUGCCGACCGCCUACUGGUGCUCACACGUCGUCGCUGUCUGUCUCUAUCGGAUCCAUUGUCCGACGCAGGUGAGUCUCCGGGCACCUGUGUCGGAGUCGCUGCUGAGGCUGCAGCGCGAUCAGCUCCAGAAGUUCGCCCAGUAUCUGAUCAGCGAGCUGUCGCAGCAGAUUCUGCCCAUCGCACAGCGCAUCCUGGACGAGCUGCUAAGCACGCAGCCGACCACGAUCAACACGGUGUGUGGGGCGCCGGAUCCUACUGCCGGGGCUUCGAUCAACGACCAGACGAACUGGUACCUGGAUGAGAAGACGCUGCACGACAACAUAAAGAAGAUCCUGAUCAAGUUCUGCCUGCCGACGCCGAUGGUGUUCAGUGACGUCAACUACUUGACCAACUCGGCGCCACCAGCUGCUGCCGAGUGGAGCUCGCUACUGCGGCCAUUGCGGGGCCGUGAGCCGGAGGGCAUGUGGAAUUUACUGUCGAUCGUACGCGAGAUGUACCGGCGGUGUGACCGGAACGCGAUCCGGCUACUGGAGAUCCUCACCGAGGAGGUAAUGGCGUGCGAUCAGAUACUGGUCUGGUGGUUUAACAUCAAGCUCGCACUGCUGGUCGGCUCGAAUGGCGGACACGGUGGUGGCGGUGGUGGUGGUGGUGGUGGAGGUGGAGGCGGUGGUGGCAAGCACGGGAACACACACAGCAACUCGAACGCGACGCAACACGCCUGUGCAUCGCUGUGUGACGAGAUCGUCGUGCUAUGGCGGCUGGCCGCCCUCAAUCCGGGCCUGGCGCCGGACGAGCGCGACAUGCUGCAUGCCCAGUUCACUACGUGGCACCUGAAGAUCCUGGACCGGGUGGCGAAGAAUAUGGUUGCAUCGUCGUCGCACAGCAGCAAGCAGCAGCAAAAUAUGCGCAACGAUGCGGAGCUCUUUGCCGGCUUCAAGCCGGCCAUCGAGGCGUGCUACUUGGACUGGGAGGACUAUCCGAUUGAGGGAGUGACCCACACACAGGACACCAACCCGAUGUACCACUGCCCGUUCACGUGCUUCAAGCAGAACGCCGACUCAAAACCGGAGACAGAGCGGGGCCCCGGUCAGGUCAACGUCAGUCAGGCACUGAUGCAGAGCAACGUGAAGCAGUUCCAGCUGAUCCAACCGCACCAUCACCAUCACCAUCACCAUCACAGUUACCAUGGCCACUAUCACCAUCAACAGCAACAGCGAACGGCGGUCGGUAGCGGCAAUAGCAGCCAUCAACAGCAUUCACAUGCUGCCACAGCAAUCAACUCCUCCUCCUCCUGCCCCGGCGCACCGGUAGUGAUAGGGCGCAAUGUAGCUAAAGGAUCGGCAGCGGGUAACAGCACUGCUAGUGGGGCCACGGCCUAUCAGCAAAGACAUCUAUCGGUCGCUGCUGCUGCUGUUGCUGCCAGCACCGGCAACACCGCCGCUGGUCGGUCGAGCGCUGUCGCUAUACCGGGUGCUGAGCCACCCUCAGCCUCGACGCCAAUCGCAAGCCACGAUCACAUUAGUAAAGGUAGUGAACCAGCAACACUGACACUGAAGCAACUGCCACUCGGAGGAGGGACAGGUUCAGCAAAUGCGGCUGCUGCUGGUGUUUCGGAUCGUGACACUAGUAAUAAGAACCAUCAUCAUCAUUCCCGACGCGGACACCGUGAUCGUGCCGCCUUCGGUUCCUCCAGCAACAGUAACAGCAACAACAGCAGCAGCGAUAGCGUUCCCGAACGGCUACAACAAGCGGCAAUCGGUAUCGCUACUGGACCGGGAGCAGGUACUUCCGGAGCGGGCGAAGCCGUUUCGGCAACGACUGGCGAAGCUGGGAAUCGCUCUAGCGUCAGCAGCGAAGGGUUCUGCGAGAACGAGGACGAUCCAUUGCCAAGCGACGAAGCAACAGUAAAGAGGCAAGGUGUGGCGGGUUCGGGUGUGGGCGAUGGUUCCGGAGAGGACGUCGCUGGUAGUUCGGAUCCGGCACCCACCAAUCUCAGCAUGCUGAGCGUCAGCAACUCAUCCACCGCCAGCUCUUCCGCAUCGUCUUCGUCCACAUCUAGCUCGGCAUCGAGCAGUGGCUCGGUGGCAGCCGAUCUGCUGAAAAAGGAGGGAAAGUUAGUCGCCAGAGAAGUGGAGGUCGCCUCCACGAGCGAUUCGAGCAACGAGAACAGCAUCCUGAACGACAUGAACAACUAUGAGAUCUCGGGUAACGCUAAGCUCUACGAGGUACUCAACAUGGUCGAGCAACAUCAGCAGGCAGUAGUGGUGGAGGAAGAGAACAAACCCAACGCAAGCUCCUCGGCCGCCAAGCGUCGCAACAGUGCCAAACAGCAGCAGCAGCAACAGCAGCAGCAUCAUCAACCACAACAACAACAACAACAACAAGAGAGUCUGACGAGUCGACAAGAGAGGCAACCAUCCUCUUCUUCCUCCCUACAAUCAUCGACGAAGGGAGGGCAUGAGGAUGGUAAGAAGGAAGCAGCUGCGAGCGCGAGUGCACCUAAUGAAAGCUCGGCGGUCCAGACACCAGCCACCGGCGGUGGUGGUCCUGUCUCGCAGCCACCGAAAAGCUCACGCAAUCACGUAGCGGGUGGAUCAUCGUCGUCGUCGGAACCGAAAGCCCACCAACAGCAGCAACAAGUGUUCUCCAACUUAAAGCCGUCGGAGGAUGCUUGGGAUAUAUUGUUUGCACGGGCAGAAGGGCUGCAUGCACACGGGCACGGCCGAGAAGCGUGUACGCUAGGUGUGCGGCUAGCAGAGGAAAUGUUGGCCAAUCCACCAAACCUGAUGAUCGAUUUACCACCGCCACCGAAAAAGAAGGGCAAGAAGCACAACGUCAAUCCGAUCUCGCAUCAGUUGAGCGUGCUGGCAUCGGCCACGCUAUCGAAGUGUGCCUUCCUGUGCACGGUGCUGGCCGAGAACUCGGAACACUACCACCUUGCGUUCCGCGUGUGCAUCUUUGGCCUUGAGCUGUGCCGGCCGCCUGCCAGUACCAAGCCGCUUGAGGUAAAACUGGCGAACCAGGAGUCCGAUCUGCUAGCUUUGCUCAAGAGAAUCCCGCUCGGCGGUGCCGAGCUGCGCAUGAUCCGCGAGCGGGCCGAGCAGCUCCGCGACGGUACGCUGAAGGCACGUGGCGAAGCCUUGCUCCCAAUUAUGCUAGCAAGCUUCAUCUUCGAUGCACUCGUGAUGCCGUCGGUGGUUGGCCGUGAGAACCGGAUGAAGGUGAUGAGUAGCCCGCACCGACUCCCGACGGACGAAAACCUGGGCUUCGAGGCAGCCGUCGCAUCACUGGGACUGAAGGCGAACGUGUCGGAAGCGGAGC